ACGAUUCAUAAAAUAACUAAAAACUGUAAUAUGGUUAAGUGUAGCUUGUUAAAUUAUUGUUACACACUAAACAUACAGGUAUUUUUUAGGUUGCUAGAGGUAAUAGUCUCUUUCUGAUUUUCAUUUCAGAAAAUGUACGCAUACCCCGUUUUUCGCCGACAAUUGGCAACAUCAUCACGACUCCUCAUGGCGCCAUCGCCAGAGGCGAAUCGCCUUGAAAAUGUUGAGUCUGGAAGGGCUAAACCGAAGGAGCAGGUGCUGGCAGAGGCCAGUUCUUUUGUCAGCUCAAAUGGUGGAGACCCCAGUGACCAGUUUUUAGUACUGGCUCACUGCAAACUUCAGUUUGGGAAGUACCAGGGUCAGAGAUUCAGAUGGCUCCUGGAAAACUCGCUGGGGUACGCAGUUUAUUUGGUACUCAGCAUUUCCAAUGAGACGGCGAACACAACCCCCCUGUCACAAAAUAAACAACUGUUCCUACAGUACACCUCUCAUAUUAGAGAGAUGGCAGAAGAAGUGGAGAAGUACGAGAGGAAGCAAGAAAUGCAAGCUGAAGCCCGGGCAGUUGGAGACCAGGGCUGCUUGAUGGUGGAGUUUGGUGACUUCCAGGGCCGGUCCAUGAAGGAUGUUUAUGAGGACCAGAGCAAGGAGGCCAAAGCCCUCAUCAGAUACCUGGUUAAGGCAGAUGCCAGGCCCAACACAAACAUGGCCAUUUUCAAAAGCUAUGUAGUGAAAAGACAGGCUUCUGCUGUGGGCAGCAGUGUACGUCAGCCUACACCUCCAUCUGCAACAUCCAGUGCUUCUGCACAACCACCCGCAGCCUCCACUGCGUCUGCAUCUCCGCUAAAAGCACUCCAAACUGGUGUAUCGCAGACUGCCAGUGUGAAAGCGCUGUUGGCACGUGGGAAACAUUUGUCUCCUUCACAGCUCGCCAGAAAACUCCUUUCACCAGUUAAAUCCUAUCCAUUACUGAAGGUCCCUUUACCUCCUCCAGCACCAGAACUCCCUGCCAAACAUUUGGCCCAAAGGCAGCUUUUCGUAACUGACACUUCCGUUCCCGCUGCUGAAGAUGAUGCGGAGCUGAUGUUUGCUGCAUCACAAUGUGAAGCACAACUAACUACAGAGGCCUGUGCCGGUCCGUCUCCAUCAGCCGAAACAGCAAGAACACCAGAUCUUCCACAUCAUCAGCCAUCGGCUGAGCUUCCAAGCCACUGGAAAGAUCAUCUUCCACCUUUCCAGCAUGAGUGGAUCCGGAACACACUAUUCGUGGCCAACCUGCGAACCGGCAAGCCAGAACUAGUGUGCCAGCUGAAGCUUUGGUGGCAUCCUCCUCAGCCCCCUUUAAUUCACACUCAGCCACCCGCCUCACCUGACCUCUUCUUCUACUGUGGUAAGCACAGACUGACAGCGGCAGGACUCUACCGUACUGUGCGCAAGGUCUUAGACAGGUGGUAUGACCUUGCCACUGAGUAUCUGGAGUGCAAAGGCUGCAAAAAGAAGUAUCCCGCCUGGUCUGAGGACAUCUUAGGACAGCUGGAUAUGGGCCACCGCAGUCAGUUUCCAGCUUUGCUGACAUACAGGGUGCUGAGGAUGAUGAGGGAGAGGACACUGGGCAACAGUGUGACUCAGCUUUACAAGAAGCUGAUGGAACAACACAGUGAGGCAUGGACACAGCGUGUCCUGCAGUACCUUACUGCCUGUGAACCAUUCACAACGUCCUCCCUUGUGCAGCCUCCUGUGUUUGCUGAGCCUCCUCUCUUCCCUGCCCUACCUAAACCUAAGUGGCUGUUAGCUGUGUACGCCAGGGAUGUUCUGGGGCGAAUGCACGAGGUCAAGGCCAAAAUUACUUCUAUCUUUGGUUGUGUUCUCAAGAUGGACUCCACAAAAAAGAUAUCACAGCCCUGUUUAUAUCAUAAAUUUGCCUGA